AUGGGGACUCCGCCUAGCUCCGAAGACGUUCCUCCAGGAGGUGGUGCCCCCGAGGGCCUCUCUAAUGCCCCUGAUGUUGCAGCAUCCGCGACAGUGGAUGUGUCAGGCGAGCUCAUGCUCGUAGACACCCAUUUGGAGGCUCAGUGGAUCAUCCGCCAGUAUGACGGCACCUUGACACCUGUUGCAUUGGGCUACACGCCCCCCAAGACGGAUGACUUGGGAAAACCCGUGCUAUCGGGGGCACUGGUGACUAUCGUGAGUUGCAGCUAUUCGCACUUCCAUUAUAAUGUGCAGUGCUCGUGCUACAUUGACGACCUUGGCAUUUGCAAUCCAGCUCCGGGUGAUAACACCGUAGUCCUGCUGGGGAAAACCCUGCUCCUACCGGAUAUCAAGACAAUUCACCAACGUCUGUUAGUGAUCAUCCUAGACUAUUCCAUCUGCGGGUCUCCAGCCACAAUGAACCAGACCGCUGCACGCAUGGUUUUCCUUGGGCCCAAAGGCGACGGCAGCGGAGGCAUUGCCGAAAAGUACACGCAGUGUUCACAUGGCAAGUUCAAUUUGAACACCACGGCCUUUAAGGUGAUCACCGUGAGGAGCAACUGCACGGAUGCUAUCGUGAAAAAAUGCGCAUACUGGACGAUGGGUUCCGAUGGUGAAACAGGAGCACGGUUGUUGCUAGGAGGCAAAGCGUUUGCAGAAUUUACCCAUUUCGCGUACAUCAUCCCUCCGGGAGUAGGACGAGUAUGCACCUGGAAUGGGCUCGCGUCUCUGCCGGGGAAGCAGAUCUGGCUGCAGAGCUGGAGCUACGGUGUGCAGCGCUGGGCGACGGUCAUGCAGGAGGCCCUCCACAACUAUGGUCUAGGGCACUCGUGGCAGGAUGGCAGGGAGUCGGAAGACUUUUCCACGGUAAUGGGCCGUGGAGAUGCCUGCCCCAAUGCCGCUGAGUUGGCAUACCUUGGCUGGGCCACACCCGCGCCAGGCGGCGACCGUAUCGACUCCAAAGCGUUGCCAGUAGGCACAUCUCGGACCUUCAAUAUGCCCGCCACGUACCUGUCUCCUAACGGGAGCUAUCUCCGAGUUGUCCCGGACUGGCUGCCGACAUACGGCAACCCUUCUGCAGCACGAAACCUGUACAUGGCUGUACGAGUUCGAAAAGGCGGGGAUACCUUGCUAGGGUCCUUAUAUGCGAAUAAAGUAAACAUCCAUGAAGUCAACGCGACAAUGGACAAUAAUUUGGAUACCUAUAUCUACCAGGAUCGCAAAAUUUCCUUCGUCUCUGCCACGCCGCCCAAGAGUAUGAUGAAUUUGACCACAUACAACCUCGUCAUAUAUGCGGGGUCCUGGGUCGAUACGGACGUCCUAAGGGUGCACCUCUGUCGCUAUCAGGCCUCCCCAAUCGAAUGCCCCACUUUGAGGGCACUUGAGAAGCGGCCGAUGCCAGCACCGAGCCCGUCUCCCCGAGGUGGUCCCAGGCCGCCAGGGCCUCGUGCUAUCACCAAC